AUGAGCGCGACGGGCACUCUCCGGCCAUUCCUCGCCGGCAGCACGAGGGGGAUCGUUUCUGCCGGAGACCGGCUGUGGCGGCGGGCGAGAACUGACGUGGUGGGUCUUCGGAGGUCCGCUCCGGCCGCCGCCGCCGUGAGUUCCAGACGCGAAGACGCGUCGACGGCCCCCUCGGCGUGUUCUCCGCCGCCGGCAGCCGCUGUGUCUGACGCUAUUGGGGUCGGCGUGCUGGAGCCUCCUCCCAGCCUGGACGUUGACACCUUGGAAGCGCUCGUCGAGAAGGUCUGGCUGCUCCCUCUCUCUCUCUCUCUCUCUCUGUCUCUCUGCGGAAGAACCGCUCCGUGUAAUCAAUCCUCUUUUGAGCCUUAGAAUUUCACACGAAUAGCUUCUCCCUUGUCUCCAGGUCGUCUAUAGCUGCCGAUUCAUCGCGCUGCUGGGGGUGUCAGGCUCCUUGGUUGGAUCCAUCCUCUGCUUCUUCAAGGUAUUCAUUCAGCAGUACCCUCCUACAACUAGUUCCUCGUAUAAUUUUUCGUCGAUUACCCACAUCAGAUAUCUGCGAAUGCAAUUCUUAGAGAUUCGUGGUCUCCCGGCCUGUUAGGUUUCGCUGAGAUAAUUCAACCACAGCGUGUUCGAAAAACCUCAGAAAUCUGUGUGUUCCGUGAUAUCUCACGAACAAAGUUGGAUCCUCAUUGAAGGCUGGAAACUUAAUCCGCAGCAUGUUGUCUCUCAUCCGCGCAGGGCUGCGUGUACAUUGCGACCGCCUUCCUGGAAUACUUCACGUCUAGAGGAAAGCCCAUGUCGGUGAUCAUAGAAGCCAUCGGUGAGGAGCUUCUCCUACUGCACUGCGGAUUAGGAGAGGCUCAUACGGACCCUAUCCAUGGGCGUGGGGAUGAACUCGUAUAUGAUGAUCUUCUUCUUCUCGUCUUUGUCUUCUACUUAUUCUUCUUUUCUUCCUUUUGGAACGUGCAGACGUUUAUCUGAUAGGGACAGUGAUGCUCGUCUUCGGCAUGGGAAUCUACGAGCUGUUCAUCAGCAACCUCGACAUGGCGAAGAUAUCCUCUCAGAGGUCCAACUUCCUGGGGCUCUUCACGCUACAGGCCCGUCUCACACCCUCGCCUGAAGAACCCAUCUAUCUAUCUUCUAGAACUCAUCUCUUCACGAAGGAAAAUCCCUCUCUUCUUUACUGAUCCGCCUUGCGCUAAAACUGGGGCGCCUGUGUGUUCAGGAGAGGCCGCGGUGGCUGGACAUCAAGUCGGUGAACGAGCUGAAGACGAAGCUGGGGCACGUAAUAGUGAUGGUCCUGCUGGUGGGGCUCUUCGACAAGGUCCAGAAGGUGGGCAUUGCAACCCCCAUUGACCUGCUCUGCCUCACGGCCUCCAUCCUGCUCUCCUCCGGCGGUCUCUUCCUCCUCUCCAAGCUCUCUCACCCUAGGCACAAGUAA